AUGGUCUUGGCAGUUAUGGGAAAGAGGCAUAGAGCAGAGGAGGAGGAGGAGAAGGAGGAGGAGGAGGAGGCCGCCGACCAGAAACAAGGAGAGAAGAUGUGGUACCCCAGGCUAUCCCAGAUGUUCGGCGGCACUCGACACCAGCUGAAGGGAGGAUUCCGCCUCCAGGCCCUUCGGUAUCCCUGCUUCCAAGAGAGAAUUCCAGCAGCGCACCGAUGGCGACACUCAGCCGUGGGGCCUCCGAAUGGUGCCUGGCAACAGCAUGAGGAUCACUUGGAACUCCGCUAUGCGGGCACGGUGAUGAGAUUCGAUUACGUUUGGCUGAGAGACCACUGCCGCUCGGCUUCUUGCUACAACUCCAAGACCAACCAGCGCAGCUUGGACACUGCAAGUGUGGACUUGGGCAUCAAGCCUCAGACCGUCCGUAUGAACGAGAGCAUGCUCUUUCUCACAUGGCCAGAUGGUCAUGUGACCAGGUACAAUUUGGAGUGGCUGCUGAAGAACAGCUAUGAAGGGCAGAAGCAGGCCGUCCAGCCUAGAAUUCUGUGGAAUGCUGAAAUCUACCGGCAGGCCCAGGUGCUGCCUGUCGACUUCCAGAGCUUUCUGGAGACCAAGGAUGGUCUGAAGAAGUUUCUGCAAAACUUCCUGCUCUACGGAAUUGCGUUUGUAGAGAAUGUCCCCCCGACCCGAGAGGACACCGAAAAGCUAGCGGGAAGAAUCAGUUUGAUCCGAGAAACCAUCUACGGGAGGAUGUGGUAUUUUACUUCGGAUUUCUCCAGAGGAGACACGGCAUACACCAAGCUAGCCUUGGACCGCCACACGGACACCACCUAUUUCCAAGAGCCAUGUGGGAUUCAGGUGUUUCACUGUCUCAAACACGAAGGGACUGGAGGCAAGACUCUGCUCGUGGAUGGAUUCUAUGCAGCUGAAAGGGUCCUGCAGAGGGCUCCUGCGGACUUUGAUCUCCUCAGCAAGGUGCCGCUGAAACAUGAGUAUAUCGAGAACGUGGGAGAAUGUCACAACCACAUGAUUGGGGUUGGGCCCGUCUUGAACAUCUACCCGUGGAACAAAGAGCUCUACUUGAUCAGGUACAACAACUACGACCGCGCCGUCAUCAACACGGUGCCGUACGACGUCGUCCACCGCUGGUACGCAGCACACCGGACCCUCACGACAGAGUUGAGGAGGCCAGAGAAUGAGUUAUGGAUCAAACUGAAGCCAGGCAAGGCCCUAUUUAUAGAUAACUGGCGUGUUCUACACGGCCGGGAAUCAUUCACAGGCUAUCGCCAGCUCUGCGGCUGUUACCUGACAAGAGACGACGUGCUCAACACGGCCCGCUUCCUCGGACUUCAAGCCUAA